UCGCAGGACGGAGCAGUGGAGAGAAAAUGGAUUAUUUUUCUGCCUAACAUAAGCUACAAACGCGUUUUGCUCAAGGGAAAAUAUACAGACCAAAUAACCUGGUGAUAUACGUCUUCCGAAUCAUAGAUCCUGAACAAUGGUGAAAGAACGGGCCCAGAAGAAGUCCUUCCAGCAGAGUCUGGAGGACAUCAAGGAGAGGAUGAAGGAGAAGAGGAACAAACGGCUGGCCAGCGCUUCAGCUCCCAGCAGGGGCAGAUCCAGGAUGAUCAGCAAAAGCAGUGUGGCUAACUCCACGCACACCAUACUUAAGGGUGUCCAGCUAAACAACAAGGCGCUGGCUGUGGCGCUGCAAGCUGAGAAGGAGAAAGUGAGGCAGUCUAAUGCAGUGAUUCUGCAGCUGAAAAGGGAGCAACAGGCUCUGUUCCUUCACCUGCUUCUGCUCAAGAGGAAGCUGAAAGAGCAGGAAGCUCUGGCAGCAAGUGCUUCAGAGACCAAACCUACAAAUGUCCUUGUUGAACCCCAACACAAUGUGGACUCAGCAAAAAGAAAGCGGACGAGCCAGAAACUUGAUGAGCACUUCUUGUGUGAAGCCUCGCCAAUUUGUGCAGAUUCUCAGCCCUCUAAAAACAAUGGACAGCUUCAAUGUGACAGAGUGGUUACCUUGCCGUCUACAGUGGGUGUGAGGCGUCAACGCACAGACAGAAAAAGCAGGAGGAGGUCAGAGCGUGUGCGAGAACAGAGGUUUUUGAGUGAGGGAGACCCAGUCGCUGAGUUUGGGGCUUUAACUUCAAGUCCAAUAUGCAGUGACGACAGAAAUCUGAAUCAAACACAACAAGGGGCAGAACCAGAGAGAGCAGACCUUGGUGACACAGAGGAGUUACAACACUCCACUCCUGAGCCUGUCCCGCCCAAAAAGAGCCGGCCGCAACCCAGCAGGAAACAAACCCAGCAGCAGACCCGCUCCAAACCAGAACCAGCUUCACGGAAAUCCGAGAGAGGACGCAAACCAGACCGGGCUCCAUUAAAGAAACCAUGGGACAAUCCCAAACCCAGAGCCCGCUCCAAGAGUCGGGACCGGUCAGCCACACGGGCCAAAACAGCACCUCCGCCACAGAGCAAUAAGCUCAAUACCUCUGUGGGAUUUAAUGACACAUUUGACUUUGACUGUGAAGAGACAGUACACGUCACACCAUUUAGAGCCAAGGCAGACGACAAUCAGCCAGCCACGCCCAUUAAUGAAGAGAGUCCACAAAAAGAGAAAACCCAGACUGAACCUUCCCCUGUGGUUUCCAGACAGGAGGAAUGUAGUUCAUCUUCACCCUCCUCUGAAUCAGAGGACAGCCUUUAUGUCCCUCAAAAGACCAGAAGGAGACAGACUUCUCCUGACAAGACCAAAGUGAUCAUCACUCGUAGAGGUCGGCCCUCUAAAGUAGUCAGACAGAAAGAAAACGUCCCUCCGAAGCAGGAGAUCUCUGUCUUUAGAGAUGAAGAGUCAAGCCCCAAGGCUGCAGAGACUAAACAGGAUGAAGGUCAUCGCCGGCACUCAGCUGAUUCUAGCUUCUCUAACAGCCCCGACCCUGUAAGGCUGGAACAGGAAAUUCACCAAGAGCCUCGUGAGCAGAUGACGGAGGAGGACUGUUUGCUUCCUGUCAGCCCUCUGGUUGAAGCUGAGAUGAUGAGAAUAGACAACGUCCUGUCUAAUUUUGGAGAUUCUUCCUGUGAAGGUCCAGCUCUUUUACCCCACCAAACACCGCAGCGGCUCAAAUCAUGCAAGAAACGUGGGCUUGGUGUCAGGACAGCGGGGCGGGGCUUGAGUCUGUGUGAUGUGACCAAUCUGUCCCCUGCAGCCUAUCGCAAGUUCUCCUGUGGUGGCUCGCGCCCUUCUGACGCCCGAUGCUCCACCCCUGUUCCUGCUCGCAAGCGGCGCUGCACCAUGACGGUCGACUAUAAAGAGCCUUCACUAAACGCGAAACUUCGGCGAGGAGACAAGUUCACAGACUUGCAGUUCCUCCGCUCUCCUAUUUUCAAGCAGAAGUCUGGAAGGAGGUCUGUGCAGAAAUCAAGGAAUUCCAUGAGCAGCCAGCAGCCAUUUGAGAAGUAUAAUGAAUCCUUUGUUGGAUGUCGCUGAAAGCAGCUACCUUAUUUGCCCUCUCCGAACUCUCAGUGUUGGCUGGCAAUGCCAGUGUAUAACACAGAUGUUUUUUUAGAGCUUGACAAGUGAAUAUUUUUCUCACACUCAGGUUUGUAUCUGUGUGAAGACCGACUGUGAUCAGUUUAACAAUGUUUUUUUAUGUGAGUUUGUUUUGUGCAUAUUUUGUGAAGUUGUAGUCUUCUUUCAUUUCUUCUCUUUGUCCGUAGGCCAAUGUAGUAUUGACUAUUUCCUGAGGAUGAGCAGUUUUUGCAGUUUUAAUCAUCUUACUUCAAUUCUGAAUAUGAGUACAUAUUGUCACUUAAUGCAUUCUGAUUUUUAUCUUGAUUUAAUUGUAUAUUCUGCUGUAUGAUGUGACAAUAAAUUUUCCUUCAUUUAC